AUGGAAGAACUAGGUAUUACUCCGUCCACUGAGAAUGUUGCUGAAGUUAGACCAUCCAUCAAAUCAUAUGGUACGCUUCUCUCACAAUUAAAUGGCAAUGGUAAUCUAACAUCGAAUGUCAAUUCAGACGUAUAUUUGAAACUAAAGAGAUUAGAAAAGGAUUUAGAGCUUCUAAUUUUACAAGAGGACUAUAUUAAGGACGAACAACGUCAUUUAAAGAGGGAGCUAUUAAGAGCGCAGGAAGAAGUUAAGAGAAUCCAGUCUGUUCCAUUGGUUAUAGGCCAAUUCUUGGAACCAAUUGAUAAUAGCACAGGUAUUGUUUCCAGCACCACUGGUAUGAGCUAUGUUGUCAGAAUUCUAUCCACUCUUGAUCGUGAAUUAUUAAAACCUUCCAUGUCUGUAGCUUUACAUCGUCAUUCAAAUGCAUUAGUUGAUAUCCUUCCACCGGAUUCAGAUUCAAGUAUAUCUGUCAUGGGAGAAAAUGAGAAACCAGACGUCACGUACGCUGAUGUCGGUGGUUUAGACAUGCAAAAGCAAGAAAUUAGAGAGGCUGUGGAGUUACCUCUUACUCAAGCUGAUUUAUACGAACAAAUUGGUGUCGAUCCUCCAAGAGGUGUCCUAUUAUAUGGUCCACCAGGUACUGGUAAGACCAUGUUGGUGAAGGCAGUUGCUAACAGUACAAACGCCGCAUUUAUUAGAGUUAACGGUUCAGAAUUUGUUCACAAGUAUCUCGGUGAAGGUCCAAGAAUGGUUCGUGAUGUGUUCAGAUUGGCUAGAGAAAAUGCUCCUGCAAUUAUCUUCAUAGAUGAAGUCGAUUCUAUCGCUACAAAGCGUUUUGAUGCACAAACCGGUUCUGAUCGUGAAGUACAGCGUAUUUUAAUUGAAUUAUUGACGCAAAUGGAUGGUUUCGACCAAUCCACAAACGUGAAAGUCAUCAUGGCAACUAAUAGAGCAGAUACAUUGGAUCCAGCUUUAUUAAGGCCCGGUAGAUUAGAUAGAAAGAUUGAAUUCCCUUCAUUACGUGAUAGACGUGAACGUCGUUUAAUUUUUAGUACUAUUGCAGGUAAAAUGUCACUGGCCCCUGAAACAGAUUUGGACUCUUUAAUUAUACGUAAUGAUUCUCUAUCUGGUGCUGUCAUUGCAGCCAUUAUGCAAGAAGCAGGCUUACGUGCAGUAAGGAAGAAUAGAUACGUCAUUCUACAGAGUGACCUUGAAGAAGCUUAUGCAGCACAAGUCAAAACGGAUAGUGAUGUUGAUAAGUUUGAUUUCUACAAAUAG